CGCGGGCACGGGCGCGGGCCGGCGUGGCUGGGCGCCUGGGGAGAGUAUGCAUGGAUCCCGCUCUGGCGAGAUCUCCGGGCACCCCCCGAGGCUUCCGCGGGCUGAAGUGCGGCCAUGAGGGGAGCGUCCCCAGUGGAGUCCUGGCCCGGGGUCGUGCAGUCCAAGGGGCUGGAUGGCAUGCUGGACCCAAGCUCAGCUCAGCGUCUGGGCCCAAUAACAGCUUUUCCGAGGGAGCAGCUUUCUGUCCUGGCCACACUGAGGUGCACAGCGUAAUGUCCAUGUUGUUCUACACUCUGAUCACAGCUCUUUGGAUCGGCGUCCAGGCAGAAGCGCACACCCAGAGCAAUGUCCCAGCAGGACACGCCAUCCCCCAAGCCCACUGGACUAACCUUCAGCACUCCCUUGACACAGCCCUCCGCAGAGCCCACAGCAGCCCGGCAGCCGCGAUAGCCGCCAGGGUGGCAGGGCAGACCCGCAAGAUCACCGUGGACCCCAAACUUUUUAAAAAGCGGCGCCUGCGUUCACCCCGCGUGCUGUUUAGCACCCAGCCCCCACCUGUGGCCGCGGACGCUCAGGAUCUGGACUUGGAGGCCGGCGGGGCCGCCCCCUUCAACAGGACUCACAGGAGCAAGCGGUCGUCGUCCCACCCUGUCUUCCACCGGGGGGAGUUCUCGGUGUGCGACAGCGUCAGCGUGUGGGUGGGGGACAAGGCCACCGCCACGGACAUCAAGGGCAAGGAGGUGAUGGUGUUGGGAGAGGUGAACAUCAACAACAGUGUAUUCAAACAGUACUUUUUUGAGACCAAGUGCCGGGACCCCAAUCCCGUCGACAGCGGAUGCCGGGGCAUCGACUCGAAGCACUGGAACUCAUACUGUACCACGACCCACACCUUCGUCAAGGCGCUGACCAUGGAUGGCAAGCAGGCUGCCUGGCGGUUCAUCCGGAUCGACACGGCCUGCGUGUGUGUGCUCAGCAGGAAAGCUGGGAGGAGAGCCUGACCGCGACGGCCCUCAGCCUCUCCCCGCUCCCCCUCCACGCUCUCCGGCGCCCCUCCCUACCUCAAUCUGUAAAUUAUUUUAAAUUAUAAGGACUGCAUGGUAAUUUAUAGUUUAUACAGUUUUAAAGAACCAUUAUUUAUUAAAUUUUUGGAAGCA